AUGUUCCUUUCGCUGGCGUAUGAUUGCUGGGUGCAGGAGCAAGUGGGCAACGCGUUGGUGAACGUGGUGGAGGGCUACAUGAUCGAAACGGGCAGGCGCACGGUCACGCCCGAGUUGGCCGAGAACACAGUGUACAACCCCGACCUCAGUUACACGUGGUAUGUGGACUAUUUCAAGGGGAAAGAACACGAAAACUACAUCGGCUCCGAUCUCGAGUUUGGCACGGUGGUGGUUUCCAUCAUUCACGAACAAGACGAAGGGCACAAAAACAUCAGGGCAAUCAUUCGGACAAAACACUGCGACGUGACGAGUCUGAUCCCCAAGGCGGACUUUGGGACGAACACCUUCAAGAAGACGUCGGUGCGAGAGAUCGUGAGGACGGCGUGCCCCGCCCUGGCCGACAAGUUGCCCAAGGUCAACUACAAACUAAUCAAGAACCCGGCCUUGCACCUGGAGCUAGAAAAUUUUGAAACCAAACAGGUGAUUAAGAACUAUAAGAUCGGCGUAUUGUAUUGUAAAGAAGGUCAGUCCCAGGAAGACGAAAUGUUUUGUAACGAAUACGGGAGCGAGGCGUUUGAACAGUUCCUGGACUUUUUGGGGGAUCGGGUUGAACUGAAUGGGUGGAAGAAGUAUCGGGCAGGCCUUGAUGUAAAUGGUGGCAGCACGGGCACUCAUUCGGUGCACACACAAUGGAACGGGGGCGAGAUCAUGUUUCACGUGUCCACCCUCCUGCCCUUCACGCCAGGCGAUCCCCAGCAGAUCGAGAGAAAGCGCCAUUUGGGCAACGACAUCCUCAUGAUCGUGUUCAAGGAAGGCAACGGGCCUCCAUUCUCUCCCAACACCAUCACAUCCGAGUUCAAUCACGUGUUCGCGGUCAUAACGCCCACGGAGAUAGACGGCAGCGACUUGAGGCUGAGCGGUGGCACCACGCCACGGCGACUAGCCGCCGACGAGGACGAAGAGAGUCCCCGGUCCAACCGCUUCACGGCCAAGGGUCCCGCUGCGGCCGCGGCAGCAGAGAACAAGUCCAAAGCGGCGCGCAUGUCGCGCUCGCCGCCACGAAGACGGAAGCAGGACAACGCCAUCUCCAAGGACAAGGGCUCGCGCAAAUCCGUCAUGACGCGGUCGCCCACAAAGAAAGACAAGGAGGUGGCCUACAGGGUGGCGAUCACGCGCAAGGACGGCGUACCGUUGUACGGGCCGCACUUUGAAGGCGACGUCUUCCCUCGGAACCAGCAGUUCAGGGACUUCCUUUUCUAUAAACUGACCAAUGGUGAGCGUGCGGCCUACGACGCGCCUAUCUUCAACAGAAAGAUGACGCGAGUGCGCGCGGAGCUGCUGAAGCACUUGGAGAAGACGUUCGCGUGA